GCAACAACAACAUAAAGAAGAACUCUAAUGACGUCACAUUUAAAGUAACAUACAGUCAUGGGGUAGGGGUGCUGUCAGAGGUAACACGCUAACGCGCUGCCCCAAAAAAGAUUGUAUUACCUGCUGCUAUAGCAGUUGUUUGGAUACUAACAGCUUUAAACCGAGCUCCCGUGACGCCGGUGCAGAGUCUGUCCUCCGUCCUAUGCCCUUGCUGUCCACAGGACUCAGGUAUCUGGCGUAGUUCAAGAGCUAACUAGCCAGCAAUCGCGGUUAAGAUGGAGGAUGAAGAUGUCGCAGAGAGCUGGGAAGAGGCAGCGGACAGCGGAGAAAUAGAGAGAAGACUUGAGGCAAAGCUAAAAAUAACUCGGGAAGCAAGGAAGUCCAGUUCGAGCUCAAGUGGUUCGUUUGUCCAAACUGCUGUGAUGAUCCAGGAUGACUCCCUUCCUGCAGCUCCUCCACCACAAAUAAAAAUUUUAAAGCGUCCUUCAAAUAACGGUACCAUAGGAAACCCUGCGUCCUCAUCUCGACCGUCUCAGCAGACCAAGUCUUUGGCACAAAGAGAGGCAGAGUAUGCAGAAGCCAGGAGGAGAAUUUUGGGAAGCGCUUCUUCAGAUGAAACACCUCAGGAUAAUCUAAGCCAGGACAGGCCAGCUCGUUUGAGUGCACAACCAUCCGAAGCAUCUGGUCUACAAAAUCACGUGAUCCGCCAGCCCACCGGUCCAGACGGCACCUCAGGCUUUCGGCUGUGCAGAUAAAGUGGAGCCCCCUGCUGCAGAAACACAGCUGUCUUCCUGAGUGGCCACAAAGGGUGAAAGUUAAGGGGUUGUGUGGUCUGAGAGCAGAGUGGAGUGAUUUAAAAAAAAACAACAACAAAAAAACAACAACAAAAAAAAAACAUUAAAAAUAUGAAGGCAUGAUAUGGGUUGUGAACAACUGGUCAUCCCUCUCUCCACUUUGCUUUUGGCAUGGCCAGCACCUUUUGCCUUGCUCUUUUCCCUUUGUGGAACAUCGUCGGGACCGUCAGAGAUGACCCUGAAGAUCCUGAAAUCUCUUCCUGCCUCACACCCCAAUACACUGUGAUAGUCCAAAGUACCAUGAGGUGCCCUAUGAUUUUAAGUCUGAACGGUCCAAGUGGUUGUGGCCACAGGCAUCAGUCUCCUCAGGAGGAUAAAGAGAGCUUAGGAAACUGGCAAUUCCCACAGAGACAAAUGAAAACGAAUGAGCUUGCCAAUCCAACGAUGAAUUUGCCGACAAGGCUGGAGGUUUGCCGACUCAAGUUUGGCGGGUUUAUCGUCAAUAAAAGUGCUUGUCGGGCUCUGAGCUGACCACGUGUUCAGCGUCUUGAAUGCAAGUUGAGUGGAAGGUGUGGAGUUCGACAUAAAGUGCUUUGUGAUCACAAAUGGUUUUUAAUACUGCAGUGGCCCAGACCAGCACUUCUCACAGACCACAUGCCUCAGUUGACACUGACCAACAAAGUAACGCUCAGUGAGCCCUCACCCUGUGGCCAAAGAUCAAACAUCAGAAGGACAGAGUGUCACUAAAUCUAAGCUUAUUACAGCAAUAAUAAUGGAAAUACUCCCUGGUAUUUGUUCAUUUGUUUUUACUCAUUGUCCACAUAUUUGUAUUGUUUUGUUUUUAAGAUAUCUUUUUUUUUUCCCUUUCUUACAAAGCAUCGUAUGUUUACUUUAGGAUUAUGGAGUAGCUGACUAGACAUGAUUAAAUGUGAUCUAACUGAAAAAUGUCAAACCCAUAACUGUAUUCAAAAUCUAAAGUGUUCAUGCACAUGUGUGUGUUGCCUCACUAAUGUUAAUGGCCAUAGUUGAGUUGGACCUUGCACUUGUAGCAGUAUUUUUGACUGUGUGCUAUUGAAGUUUUUUGUCCAACCCAUACUGGGUGACAUGUGAGACUGCAUCUUUUGGCAAUUCUCGGACUGUCGUGUGCUUUAAAAAAAAACAAAAAAACAUUUUCAUGUUCCAUGUAGAGUUAGGACAACAUAGGAUUGCAUUGUUUAAAUGAUCAAGCCGCUGUUUUAUAACUACAUGAUUUAAAUCAAAUGAAGCUAAGAAGGGGACCUCCGUAUUUAUUAUAACAGACAAAAGCAGUUAAACAGUAGUUGUUAGGAUGACUUGCUUGUGUUUGUCUUUCAACACCAAGACUUUUAUGGCUACAGACAUCCUUUUGUUGAAUUACUGUCAUAUUUGGUCAAUACUGCAUUACGGAGACCCAGUCGACCCAAUGCUCUGCAUUACAUUUUAAGACACAACUUAAACCACACAGGAAUGCAGCUGCAGUAAACAUGUCAAACUGUCAAUGUGUCACACUUCAAAAAAGUCAUCAAUUGUCAUAUUUACUUUGAAAUGAUUUCUUCCCAUUGCUGCAUUCUUUGUUGCUGGUGUUCAGUUAUUGGAUCUGAAAUGUUGAUGCUUUUUGAGGACAUAAAAAACAAAGUCUCUUGAUUUAGUCUAAUUUAUUUGGAAUUCAAAAUUGCAUUAACUUGAAAUUUAUAAUUGGAAGCAAAUAAUGAUUCUGUUUGACUUUGUUUUACCCAUGUUUGUUUUUUUUCUUUUCAGUUCUGCUCUGUGUUGUAGGCUGAUUUGAUAUUAUUUAUUUCCAACUUAAUAAAAACAUGAAUUUGACAUCCCUUUAAUAAACAUACUUCACAU